AUGGAGGGCAAGGUGUGUCAGUGGCCAGACAGUAUUAUCUCGCAAGGAAGCGAUCUGGUGAAACCCCGUUGGAGUACCUACCAUCGUCUUAAUGUCGCGGCCAAGCUUGCCAAGAUCGCGAUUAAAGAAGAAAGACUGGCUACGGCAGCCACGCGUCGCGAACGUGUGGAACAUUUCAUCGCUACGCUGGACGACCGUGAUUUGGCGAAACAGCUGACUUUGCUGAGAUUGAGGGAUAUUGAUGAGAUGGAAGACACUCUCCGUGCAUGCCAACGAAUGGAGAAUCGUCAGAUAAAAUCGACGAUGGGAUCAAACAAAUUCCACCAGCGAGCGAUCGCACCUACUAACCCAAUGGCGUCCAAGACGACUCGGGUGAUGCGAUCGAUACGCGAAAAAGUCGAAAGCAGCGGAUCGGAAUCGGAGUCGAUCGGAUCCGAAGAGGAAGUGGAUCGUCGUCGCGUUUGUGUGACAACUACACCCGACCCAGAAAUACCAAACAAGGAUCAUCGCACCUGGCAGAAAAACACUGGCGAAGGAGAGGGACGCGACCAAAGUGGACGAUCGAAGGAGUGCACCCAUUGUGGAUCUACCAGACACGAUGAUCGAGGGUGUUGGAAGCGAUUGACGUGCCAGAAGUGUGGGCGCAAGGGACACCCUUCUGACAAAUGUUUCUUUGUGUGUGCAGCCUGCGGGGAGAUACACGAGAGUGGCAAGUGCCCCAUGGAAGAAUUCUUCAAUUUGAUCCGAAAGUGGUACGUGCCUACGAAGCAUGCUGGGAUGUUUCCACCGAAGGCGGAGGAGAUGAUAAACUAG